AUGUCCGGCGAGAAAACCGACGACGCCUUCCAUGGGCGGAAGCUGAGCGAGCUCAUCGACAACUCUGCCGGCGAAAUUCGCAACCCCCUCAAGGGCAUCCCCCGCGAGGAGCUUCUCCAAAAUGUCGCAAGGUUCCAGCAGGAAAAGGGCUUGCCCGAGGACAUCCUGCCGCUCUUGACCAAGGGCGCUCUGGUUGCCCAGGAUCCCGCCGCCUUCGAGGACCUGCCUGACCUCAACGACCACGACAGGCGCGCUCUGAGGAAGAACCGCCGCCAUCCAAGGAUGGGAUCAGACGGGCUCAAACGGGGCCAACCCAGCUUCCCCUCGCCCUCGCUGGAUCAUAGGCUUUGUCAACUCCAUGCCCUACAUAACCAUUUGCCUCUUUGCCGGUUGGAUAUCCGACCCUUGAACGACUUGCUCGGUCGCCGAGGCGUCAUCUUUGUCGCCGCCAUCUCUCUUGCUGGCGCCCUUUGGCAUGGCCGUCUCCCAGACCUGGGGACAGCUUGCCGCCCGCCGAAUGCUCCUCGGUAUCGGCAUGGGACUGAAAGAAGUCACCGUCCCGUCUUCUCCGCCGAAAACUCUCCGGCCAUCAUCCGCGGCGGCCUAGUCAUGUCGUGGCAGGUCUGGACGGCUUUUAAACUGAUGCUGGUAUCUGUAGGCAUCUUCUUAGGAACUUGCGCCAAUCUGGCAGUCGGCAAGACGGGCGCCAUUGCCUGGCGACUCCAAUUUGCCUCGGCAUUCAUCCCGGCCGUUCCUCCGUCAUUGGCACCUACUUCUGCCCUGAGCCCUCGCUGGUGCCUCAAGAAGAAGAAAGAUCUCUACUACAUCAACUGCCUGCUCGAGCAGGAAGAGGUCCUCGUUCAGGAAACAGGCGUCAGCACAAAGAGCAACAUGUUCACCCGCUUCGUCGAGCUCUUCACCAUUCCCAGAAUCAGGCGAGCCACCUGGGCAUCUGGCAUCGUCAUGAUCUCGCAGCAGCUUGCGGAAGUAGCAAAGCCGCCCUUGUCCCGAGGGAAACCUUUGCCUCAUUCACCAAGAUCCAGCAAGCCAAUCAACAUCAUCUCUUUCUACAGCAGCACCAUCUUCAAGCAAAGCGGCAUCUCCGAUUAUACCGCUCUCUCUUCUGCUCUUUACCUUUCCAAAUAUGUUUUGACUCUACUGGCCGCCGGUCUUUGUUACCUCAUCGAGCCAACCGUCGAGCAGAGUACCGCCCGGAUCGCAGCCGUGGCGACAUUUGUUUACCUCUUUGCCGCAUUCUACUCUCCUGGCGAGGGCCCCGUGCCGUUCAUGUACUCGGCCGAGGUCUUCCCCCUGUCUCAUCGCGAGAUCGGCAUGUCAUGGGCCGUGGCGACCAACAACUUUGGGCCUCGGUGCUCUCCUCACCUUUCCUCGGGCUCACCGCGGCACCACCACAGGAGUCUCCACCAGUGA